AUGGCCGCAAACAAGAAAGUUCUCAUCGUCCUUUCCGACGCAUCUUCGUUCCCUCUCUACAACACGGGUAGUGAUGGGAAGACCGUCUCUCAAGACUCGGGCUACUUUCUCAUGGAGUUAGCAAAGCCUCUACAGAAGAUUCUCGACGCCGGCUACGAAGUCACAUUUGCCUCGCCAGAGGGCAAGGAACCCACUCCUGACCCACUCAGCGUAUCUCUGGCUGCCUUUGCUGGAAACUACUACGAGAAGCAAAGAGAGUUGGAUCUAAUCGAACGCAUGAAGAAGGAGAAUGGCUUCUCGCGGCCGAGAAAGUUCUCUGAGAUCAGCGAUGAUGAGUUGAAGAACUACGGGGGUGUCUUCAUUCCUGGUGGACAUGCUCCCUUAUCCGACCUGGGUGACAACGCCGACCUAGGCCGUAUACUCACACACUUCCACACUUCAUCAAAACCGACGGCAGCAAUCUGCCACGGACCUUGGGCUUUCCUGAGUACCAAGUAUGGACCUAGCAAGAAGUUCGAGUACUCGGGCUACAAAAUGACAAGCUGGUCAGAUGCUGAGGAGAAGUUGAUGGAGACGAUUUUCAGGGGUGAGAUUGACAAGGUGGAGGGCACGCUCAGGCAGGAAGGCGCAGACAUGCAAGAGGGUGUUGCCAAGUCCAUGGGAAAUAUUACCGUGGACAGGGAGCUUGUCACUGGUGACAACCCGAUGGCGGCGAACGCGCUUGGAGACAAGUUUUUGGAGAUGAUGGCGGCCAAAUAG